GUCAUUCACUUUAUUUCCUCUUAAAUAGGGGUGGGUGACUGUGGCAGAAAACUAACCGGUCAGUUUAAACCCGAAGAAGACGAAGAAUCAGCAGAAGUGAACUCAUACUGAGCAAAGAUGAAAGCUUUUUGUGUCGCUGUUCUUGUGCUGAAUUUCAUUUCUGUGUGCCAGCCUGCAUCAGUGGCCUGUGAGAGGUAUCUAAAAACAGCAGAUAGUGAUCAAGAUCUGACUGGGAAAUGGUACGUUAUAGCCAUGUCCUCAAACAGCUGCUGGGCUACUGCAUUCAGUGUCCUGCCUUUCAGUACCUCUGUGGACAUUGCGGCAAUGGAAAAAGCAAACAUCUAUGAAGCCACCUUUUCAGUGAAAAUGUUUGGGCAGUGUAAAAAUUUAACUGCAAAACUUCACUACGGGAACAGCACCGUAACUGAGAUUGACAGCACAGGUGCCAAAAGGGAUAAUGUAAUGAUACUUCUUCAAAGGAGGUGCCAUGAUUGUAUCGUUAUGAAGUCGGAUGGCUACAUUGAGAUUCUUGUGCUUUUAAGUAAGCGAACGUCCAUCACUGCUGAUGAGAUGGAGGCAUUUGAGAUACAAGCAGAUUGUCGUUACUUGUACAAACCACAGAUCUUUGGUUCUGAUCAUGACUAUGAGAACUGCACAGUUGAUGAUGGCAAGACUGAAUAUGCUUCUUCAGAAAUUCCCGAUAUGCAACAAGCAGUGCUAAACAUGUUCUCACAGGUCUUCACAUGUGUACAAGACAGAGUUUUGUAUUACCCCCGUGCUGCCUUCCAGUGGGUGCAGACAACAUGGAGUAAUUUGUGGUGAAUGUAGAGAAACACACUAUAAUAAAUAUAUGCUUAUUUCAAUCAUGUGUACUUGAAACAGUGCUGUCUUUAGUUUAAAGAUUUGAAGAGAGUGUAGAAUGAAUAAUAAAUACUACAGUUUACUGAUGACCAAUAUUUGAAUAUUAAUUCAAAAUAUCAUUAUAAUGCAGUUGUAUCUGUCCUUCACCUCUCAACUACUAUUCAUCCAACUUGUUGAGGUCCAGAGUAAGGGCAGUGUCUAUUUUAAGGAUGCUCUAAAGUGUUGUGAUCCAAUUUUUUCCAUCACAUUUCUGUUGCUAUUAAACAUUUAUGAAAUUCA